UCGAGCCCGGGAAGAUGGCGGCAGCGGUUCUCAGCGGGCCGACUGCGGGCUCCUCCGUGGGGGUUCCCGGCGGGACCGGGGGUCUCUCGGCGAUGAGCUCGGGCCCACGUCUACGUUUGCUGCUGUUAGAGAGUGUGUCCGGGUUGCUACAGCCACGACCGGGGCCCCCCGCUCCUCCUGUGCACCCACCCGUCCAUUGGGCCCCACAUUUUCCUGGGCUCAUGUGCUUAUUGCGGCUGCAUGGGUCGGUGGGCGGGGCUCAGAACCUUUCAGCUCUUGGGACAUUGGUGAGUCUCAGUAAUGCACAUCUUGGUUCUAUGAGAACUCGGUUUGAGGGCCUGUGUCUGCUGUCCCUGCUGGUAGGGGAGAGCCCCACAGAGUUUUUCCAGCAGCACUGUGUGUCUUGGCUUCGGUGCAUUCAGCAUGUAUUGCAGUCCCAGGACUCACCACCCACUAUGGAGUUGGCUGUGGCUGUCCUGAGGGACCUGUUGCGAUAUGCAGCCCAGCUUCCGACGCUGUUCCGGGACAUCUCUACCAACCAUCUCCCUGGCCUUCUUACUUCUCUGCUUGGCCUCAGACCAGAGUGUGAACAUGCAGCUUUGGAGGGAAUGAAGGCUUGUAUGACCUAUUUUCCUCGGGCUUGUGGUUCUCUCAAAGGCAAGCUGGCCUCCUUUUUCUUGUCUCGUGUGGAUGCCUUGAGCCCCCAGCUUCAGCAGCUGGCCUGCGAGUGUUACUCCAGGCUGCCCUCCUUAGGGGCUGGCUUUUCCCAGGGCCUGAAGCACACUGAGAACUGGGAGCAGGAGCUGCACAGCCUGCUGACCUCCCUGCACAGCUUGCUAGGGGCCCUGUAUGAGGGAUCUGAAACAGCUCCUGUGCAGAGUGAAGACUCUGGAAUGGAGACGCUGCUUUCCCACUUAGAUGAUGUCGACACCCAUGCCCUCUUCCGUCUUCAGCAGAGGUUUUCAGGACUGGCCCAUUGUAUGGCACUCAUGCUCAGCUCUGAGUUUGGGGCUCCUGUGUCUGUGCCUGUUCAGGAAGUCCUGGAUCUCAUCUGCCGGAUUCUUAGUGUCAAUGGCAAGAAUAUUAGCUUACUUGGCGAUGGUCCCCUGCGGUUGUUGCUGCUGCCUUCUAUCCACCUUGAAGCCUUGGAUCUGCUCUCCUCGCUCAUCCUCGCGUGUGGAGGCCGGCUCUUACGCUUUGGGACCCUGAUAAACCGUCUGCUUCCCCAGGUCCUCAAUGUAUGGAGCAUUGGAAGGGACACCCUCUCUCCAGGCCAAGAGAGGCCUUACAGCACCAUCCGGAUCAAGGUAUAUGCAGUUUUAGAGCUGUGGGUGAAAGUCUGUGGGGCUUCAGCAGGUGUGCUUCAGGGAGGAGCCCCUGGAGAGGCUCUGCUCACCCAUCUGCUUAGUGACAUCUCCCCACCCACCGACACCCUUAAGCUACGUAGUCCCCGGGGGAACUCUGAUGGGGGUUUGCAGAGUGGGAAGCCCAGUGCUCCCAAGAAGCUAAAGCUGGAUAUGGGAGAUGCAAUGGCCCCUCCCAGCCAUCGGAAAGGAGAUAGCAAUGCCAACAGUGACGUGUGUGCAGCUGCACUGAGAGGUCUUAGCCGGACCAUCCUCAUGUGUGGGCCUCUAAUCAAGGAGGAGACUCACAGGAGACUGCAUGAUCUGGUCCUGCCGCUGCUCAUGAGUCUCCAGCAGGGUGAGGUGCUGGGCAGCUCCCCUUACAACAGCUCUUGUUGCCGUCGUGAGCUCUACCGCCUACUGCUGGCCUUGCUGCUGGCCCCUUCCCCUCGCUGCCCACCUCCCCUUGCCUGUGCCCUGCAAGCUUUCUCCUUUGGCCAGCAAGAAGACAGCCUUGAGGUCUCCUCUUUCUGUUCAGAAGCAUUGGUGACUUGCGCUGCUCUGACCCACCCUCGUGUUCCUCCCUUGCAGACCAUGGGCCCCACUUGCCCCACAUCUGCCCCAGUUCCCCCUCCUGAGGCCCCAUCUUCAUUUAGGGCCCCACCCUUCCAUCCCCCAGGCCCUAUGCCCUCUGUAGGCCCCAUGCCCACUCCAGGCCCCAUAUCCUCAGCUGGCCCAUUGCCCUCUGCAGGCCCCAUGCCCUCAGCAGGUCCAGUGUCCUCCACAGGCCCCAUUCCUUCUGCAGGCCCUCUGCCCUCUGCAGGUCCCAUGCCUUCCACACGCCCUGGACCUCCAGCUACAACCAACCACCUAGGCCUCUCUGUCCCGGGCCUGGUCUCUGUCCCUCCCCGGCUCCUUCCUGGCCCUGAGAACCACCGUGCAGGUCCCAGUGAGGAUCCUGUCCUUGCCUCCAGUGGGACUCCUCCACCUACCAUACCCCCAGAUGAAACUUUUGGGGGACGAGUGCCCAGACCAGCCUUCGUUCACUAUGAUAAGGAGGAGGCGUCAGAUGUAGAAAUUUCAUUAGAAAGUGACUCUGAUGACAGUGUGGUGAUUGUGCCUGAGGGCCUUCCACCCCUACCACCACCACCUCCCACAAGUACCCCUCCUCCCUCUGUGGCCCCCACUGGGCCACCAGCAGCCUCUCCUCCUGUACCAGCCAAAGAGGAGCCUGAGGAACUUUCUGCAACCCCAGGGUCUCUCCCUCCCCCUCCCCCUCCCCCUCCUCCCCCUAUUGCUGGUUCUGCAACACUUCCACCACCUCAGCUAGUCCCUGAAGGAGCUCCUGGAGGCGGAGGACCUCCAGCCCUGGAAGAAGAUCUGACAGUGAUAAAUAUCAACAGCAGUGAUGAAGAGGAGGAGGAAGAGGAAGAAGAGGAGGAAGAAGAAGAUGAUGAUGAGGAGGAGGACUUUGAGGAAGAAGAUGAUGAUGAAGAAGAGUAUUUUGAAGAGGAAGAAGAGGAGGAAGAGUUUGAGGAAGAAUUUGAGGAAGAAGAGGGUGAAUUAGAGGAAGAAGAGGAAGAGGAGGAGGAAGAGGAGGAAGAAGAGUUGGAAGAGGUAGAAGACUUGGAGUUUGGCCCAGCAGGAGGGGAGGUAGAAGAAGGUGGACCUCCACCCCCAACCCUGCCUCCAGCUCUCCCUCCUCCAGAGUCCCCCAAAGUGCAGCCUGAGCCAGAACCUGAACCUGGGCUGCUGUUAGAAGUGGAGGAACCAGGGACAGAGGAGGAACCUGGGGCUGAGACAGCACCCACCCUGGAUCCAGAGGUGCUCCCGUCCCAGGGGGAGGUGGAAGAAGGGGGAAGUCCCACAGUAGGGCCACCUCCUCAGGAGCUUGUUGAAGAACCCUCUGCACAUCCACCCCUGUUGGAAGAGGAGACUGAGGGUGGGAGUGACAAGGUGCCACCCCCACCAGAGACAUCUGAAGUAGAAGAAGAGAUGGAGACAGAGGCAGAGACUGCAGCUCUCCAGGAAAAGGAGCAGGAUGACACAGCUGCCAUGCUGGCUGACUUCAUUGAUUGUCCCCCUGAUGAUGAGAAGCCACCGCCUACCAUGGAGUCUGACUCCUAGCCCUCUUCUGCACUUCCACCACCUUCUUCCCAAUAAAGUUAUGUUCUUAUUCA